UCAAAUUCACAAAUGCAAGCUUUUUCUUCAUGUGUGCUUCUUAUCCCAUUUUCACCCUUAGCCCUGUACCUUUCUCUCAUGGUAAAUUGAAAGUUGCAUUACACAGUCCAGAACUGUUUUCUUAGACCUAUUUUGUUCUUGUUGUGUUAAUGAUAUCUCACUUUUCUUGGAGCUUCAAGAUCAAGAAUAACAAGAAGAACAAGCAAAGCUUUGUUGUUAGCCAAGAAAAAUCAACACUCAAUCAUGCCAUCCAUGAUGAAAAAUAAUCAAGGCUUAUGUAUUUUCAUCAAACAGUUGGUGGGCAUGCAACUAUGCCUCUGUAUCAGGCAUCAAAGGAUAGAAAAGAUGAGGGUUUGAAGAUUGUUGAUGUUCUGGGUCUUGAAUCCACCAUGAAAGGGGUUGAGAUUUUGGAUCUGAAGGUGAUGAUUGAGGAGAUGGAAUCAAUUGAUGUUCCAUCUGUUUUCAUCUGUCCAAUCUCUCUUGAGCCAAUGCAGGACCCUGUGACCCUUUGCACUGGCCAAACCUAUGACAGAUCCAACAUCCUCAAAUGGUUCUCACUUGGUCACAAAACUUGUCCCACAACAAUGCAAGAGCUUUGGGAUGAUUCUGUCACACCCAACAAGACACUCACCCACUUGAUCCUCACAUGGUUCUCUCACAAGUACUUGGCCAUGAAGAAGAAGCUUGAGGAUGUUCAGGGAAGAGUCUUGGACCUCUUGGAUAUGCUCAAGAAGGUGAAGGGUCAAGCCAGGGUUAAAGCUCUUAAGGAUCUGAGGCAACUUGUUGCAGCUAAUGUGUUUGCUAGAAGGACUGUGUCAGAAAAUGGUGGGCUUGCUUUGGUUUGUUCUUUGUUAGGUCCUUUCACUUCACAUGCUGUAGGCUCUGAAGCAAUUGGGAUCAUUGUGAAUUUGGAUUUGGUAUCUGAGCUGAAGAGGAAUUUGAUGCAUCCUGCAAAGGUUUCAUUAUUGGUGGAUAUCAUGAAUGAGGGAACCAUUGAGACAAAGAUGAACUGUGCUAAAUUGAUUGAGAUGUUGUUGAUUGAAGGGAGUGGGAAUGGGAAUGAAACAGAGAUUGUCUCAAGCUUGAGUCUUUUGGUUGGGUUGUUGAGGUUAGUGAGGGAUAAGAAACACCCAACUGGGGUCUUAACUGGUCUCAUUUUACUCAAAGCUAUAUGUUCUUCCCAUGAAUCUGUUAGAAGCUCUGUGAUAAGCAUAGGGGCAGUUCCUCAAUUGAUUGAGCUUUUGCCUAGUUUGAACAAGGAGUGCUUAGAGGUAGCACUUUAUAUUCUAGAGGUUUUGUCAACUCUUCCAGAGGGAAGAAUGGCCUUGAAAGAGUGUCCAAACAUCAUUCCUAAUGUGGUGAAGUUGCUGAUGAGAGUCUCAGAGAGGUGCACUCAAUUUGCAUUGUCAAUAUUGUGGGCUAUCUACAAGCUUGCACCUGAAGAAUGUGCCUCAAAGGCAGUGGAAGCUGGGUUAGCAGCUAAGUUGUUGUUAGUAAUUCAGAGUGGUUGCAACCCAGUUUUGAAGCAAAUGUCUUCUGAGUUCUUGAAAAUGUGCAGUGUGAAUUACUCUACUAGUAUUUUGAUUUCCAAGUGUAUGCUCAGCACAAUACAAUGAAAAACAAGAGAAAAUUAUUUGUAGCUUCAGAUACAGCCAGUUAUAUGUUCAUAAAGUUUAUGAAAUUCAGACAUUUCCCCUUGCAUUUCAAAAACUGUAAAUUGAUGGUAUAUGAUGUAACUUGUUAGUGAUUUAAAUCAGCAUUCUGCCUGUCUUUGAUUCCAGUUCUGCAACAGUUUUAUCUAUGUGAUGUUGUAGGCCGUUGAGAUUGAAGUUGUUGGAAAAGCUGAGUUGUGAGAUUACACAAGAUUUUUGAUUGGUUCAGAUCUUUCUCCCUAAAUAGAACCAGAGUUAUUUUCAA